AUGAAUAAACAAUUACAACAAAUUGGAAAUUUAAAUGAAAUUUUAGAUAAUAUAUUCCCAACUCAAAAUGAUGUGUUUCCAGUCAAACGUGAUAAUAACAAUCAAAUAACAUCAGAGUCUGGUAAUGGAGAUUUUGAAUCAAUAUUACAUACAAGGGGAAGUAUAGAAAUAUGGCAGCAAAUAUCUAAUGAUUCAAAUGAAACUCCCUUUCAAUGGAAAAAAUCUUUAAUUAGAAAAGAAUUUUAUGCUGCCUUGGGAAUUUCAAUAGAAAUAUUUGAGGAGACUAAAUUAAAAGCAAAUUUGAAUCUUAAUAAUGUUGAAAUGUCAAAUAUAACAUCAUCUUCAACGAAUGCAACAAAAGUUACAAAUAAAUCGACUACUUCUUUGUCUGCACCUGUUAGUCGUUCUACGUCACCAACACCAACACCUCCGUCCAGUUUCUCACAACGUGAUCUUUUAUCUUCUUCCAUCAUUACAACAAAAAAUAAUAAUAAUCCAAUGCCUAAAGAACCAAAAAAAGUUGAUGUUGAUUUAGCCAAAUCAUUAUGUUCGAUACCCGAAGCCUCCCAAUUACUUGCAUUUAAAUCACAACUUCUGGCACUUUCACGUCAAACAUCAGACGUAUUAACUUAUUGGUUGGAUCAACGUGAACAAACAAUGAUGGAUUCUGAAACUUAUAAUCAAAUGAUUGAAUGUUUAGUUGGUCAUGCACAAAAAAUGAGGGAUGGAAGUGGAAAUAGAUGGGAUAAACUGAAGAAACCAAAGAAUAAAAGUAUUAGCGGCGGUGUUACUAGUGGAUUCGCAUCACUUAGUCUUUCAUUCAUGAAACAAAAAUCAUCUUUACAAGAUUCAUAUAACAACAACAGCAACAAUGAUCAAAAAUUCGAUGGUAAAGAAUUAAAUGAUAGGCCAAUUUCAAUGUGA